AUGUCGUGGCUUAAUCUAAAUCAGAGUUUAAGUAGCCUAAAAGGGCAGAUUACGAAUUUCGCUACAGAAGUGUUAUCUGAGGGUGCCGUUCAGGAUAACGAGGCAGAAACUUCUAGAACGGAGCCCGCGGCAAAGGAUCUUGAAGAGAAAUGUCGUAACCAAGAGCUUGAGAUUGCGGCAUUGAAGACACUAACCAAUGAAUUACAAACUACGUUGCAAUCUGAGAGAUUAUCAAGAAAAAAUGGCCUUAAAGAAGAGGAGUCAACCUGGUACUGGGAUCCGCCCUCGCCGGCCUCUAGGAGUGAUCAUGAAAUCGAAAAACAGUACAAGUUGCAAAUACAAGCUUUACAAAGCGAACUAUCCGCCCUGAAGGACCGAGAUGUGCCAGAUCAUAUAGUAGACAACGAUGAAGAAGUCGUAAGACUUCGACAAGAAAAUCAGAACCUAACAUGCAGCCUUGAAGACUUAGAUAACCAACAUCAAGUAGCCAUGGAAAGAUUACUAGCACUGAAAAAAGAACUACAGAAAAACUUCGAACUCCUUAAACAAGAACAUCAUGACCUAAAAAACAAUAACGAUGAAUACAUGGAACAAAUAAAAGUAUUAAAUCGGCAGAUAAACGAAAAAGAUCGAGAAAUAGAAAGUCUCAAAUCGGCACAUCCUGAUUAUGAUACUUUGUUACAUAAGUACCAAAAUUUGGAAAGGAUACAUAGCUUGUUAAAAGAAAACGCAGAAAAAUUUCAAGAAGAAAACCAGGAAUUACAUGAAGAAGUUUUUAAAUUACAAGAAAAAGUUACCAAAUUAGAGCAUGAAACAGAAGUCAUUAAUAAAUCCAAUGAAUUGUCCAACAUGGUGCCAAUUGAAAAGUAUGAGAAAUUAUUGAAAGAAUAUAAUGAUUUUAAACAGAGGCGCACCUCUAGUCCUGUACAUCUUGAUGAAAUAAAUAUAGACGACAAUGCUAAAAGUGUGAUAGAAACUCUAAAAAGGGAUAUUAAUGAACUUAAACUGAAGUUGUCUCAACGCGAUAGUGAAUAUAACGAAGCUAUGGAAAGUAAUAUUAUAAAACCAGAUAAAAUAAUGCAGCUAUACAAUCGAUAUGUUAAUUUUGAUCUACCUGUAGAUUACGUUGGUGAAAUGCCAUUGGGGACAGAAAAUGUUGUUAUGCAAAAAUUAGAGGGUGUAUUCAAAUCAUUGAAUUCAUUUAAAAAAGAUAUUGAUGCCCUGGAAAAUAAACUGUCAGAAAAGAAGCUUAGCAUAAAUAAUUUUCAAAUACAGAUUGAAGAUUUAACUACAGAAAAUGAAUAUUUAACUUCAGAUAUACAACAUCUCGAAAGUGAGCUAGAAGAAAUGAAGAAAAACAAUGAUUUUCUUAUUUCAGAAAUAGCUGCAUUGAAAAAUACUUCAAAACUGGAGCCUAUAAUAGAAACUCCUGAAGAUAAUUUUACAAAAUUAGAAACUGAACUAGCCGAUUGCACCAGAAUAAAUAAAACGUUUGAAUCUGAAAUCAAAAGAAUAGAAAAUGAACUUAUUGACGUUCGAAAUGAAAAAAAAUCAUUGCAAGAAUGCCUAAAUGAUAUGAAAAACAAGUAUACUUCAAUGCUUAGUGAGUUAAAGAUGUGUAAAGCUCAAACACAAGCUGUGCAAGAGCUAGAAAGCAAUGCAAAUGUUACAAAAAACGUUAAAUUACAGGAAGCUGUUGAUAAAAUAGACAACUUACAAAAACGCUUACAUUCAGCUAACUCAAGAAAUGAGCAGCUAUCAAUAGAUAUUCAUAUCUUGGAAAACGAUAAAGUAUUACUUACGAAACAAAUAGAAGACCUUAGACAUGAAAAAGAAACGAUACUUGAUUCAUAUGGAGAGUUAGAAACUGCAAACAAAACCUUAGAUAGCAGAAUAAAAAAUCUUGAGAAUGAAUUGGAGGAAUCUUUAAAAAGUAGACAAAAUUUGGAUAUCAAAUUAACAGAACUUGAGAAUGAAAUAGAAGCCUAUAAUAUCAGUCAACAAAUUGAAACAGACAUUAAAUCAAAAGAAUCAUUCAGUGGACCUGCAACCGAUAUGGAUAAAGUUUCAGCAGAAACAGUAACUGCCAGUAGAUUAGAAGAAAUACUGCAAGAAAACACAACACUUAAAGAGAAAAUUGAAGCAUUAACUAAAAAAAUUUUAAACUUACAACACCAACAGCAAGAGUUAACUAACGAAAACAAUUUGUUAAAAGAAAAGAGCCUCGACCACGCUCACAAUACGACUAAACUUGAAGAAACUUUUAAUACGUUAAAGUUGAAAGCUGAUCAAUUUGAUGCCAAUAAUAACACAGUAUUAGCUCUCAAAGGAGAAAACAAAAAGCUUUUAGAAAAAAAAAUCCAACUGGAAUUAGAUCUUUCUUCUACAGACAGAAAAAUUGCACAACUAGAAGAAGAAUUUGAGAAACUCAUUUCUGAUCUGAAUGAAAAAGAUUCUAUUAUUGAUAAUCUAAACACAACAGUAAAUAAAAAUAAGGUUGAACUUGAAAACCUACAUCAAAAUGCAACUGAUCUUGAAAAUAGUGUCCAUAUCAAAAGUCAAGAAAUCGAAAGACUUGUAGGUACUGUUGACGAGUUAACACAAAAACUUAGCAGCACUAGUAUAAGUUCUAACUUAAGUCAUGAAGAACUCAAAAAAUUACAAGUAGAAAAGGAAGAUAUCAACAAACAAAUAUAUACUCUUAACGAUGAAAUUAAUAAUAAAAACACAGAGUUAUCUAAAAUGAAUUCAGUUUUGCAGAAAUUACAAAAUUCUUAUGCAGAAAAUAAGUCACUAUUAGAUACCAAAGAUAAGGAAAUAAAGGAACUGAAUCAAUCAAUUGUAGAGUUAAGAGAUAAAAUAAAAGCAUCAGAAAACACAACACAACCGAACGAUGAAUAUGCAAAAUUGUUAGAAGACAAACAGGCCGUAGAAAAGUUGACAACAGAGCUACAAACCAUUUUAAAUACAAAAGAAAAAGAGAUAUUAGAAACGCGGAAUAAGGUAGUGCUACUAGAAAAUACAUGUAAAGAAUUUAAAACUGUGAUAGACAACGCAACCAUUGAAAAAAAUGAAUUAAUAAAUUUAGUGAAUCUAAAACACAAUGAAAGCAUACAAUACCACAAUGAGAUACAGAGGCUUAACCAAGUGUUACUUGAACAAAAUAAUGAAUUUAAGAGAAUUCUUGAAGAAAAAGAUGUAUUACUGAAAAAUUAUGCAAAAAAUUGUACGAAUUGUGACACAAUACGACAAAAUCUCAAAGAAAAAGAUGAAAUAAUUAUGGCUUUAAAUCAAAACGUAAGUGAACAUGAAAGGUUAAAAUCUGAAUUAGAUUCUGCAAGUCAAGCUUAUAAGACAUUGACAAAAAAAUGUGAAGAUUUAGACAAGAGGUUAACGAAUCAAUUGGAGACUGUUAAAAAAUUGACGGCAGAAAAUACACAGUUGUCAGAACAGGAACAGAACUCCUCCCGAGAGCUGGAAAGACUGCGUCAUCAUUUGGUGGAGCUGGAGGAGAAUUACACCCAGGAGCUGAUGUCAUCAGAGCAGAAGUUGAGUGAAUGUCAGGCCAGACUGCACCAAAUCGAAGAGAGGGCUAAGCAAACCAGCACCGUUUAUACCAGCAACAGUAUUCGGGCGAAUCAAGAAGUGGAAACGUUGAGGAACCAGAUCAAGCUAUUGGAGAAGCAGCGUGAAGAGGUGCAAGCUAGGCUGAGCGAGUCAGACGACGCCAGGAGUCGAAGCGAAGCUGCACUCACCAACUUACAGGUUGUGCUGGAACAGUUCCAGUUAGAUAAAGAAAGAGACGUGUUCUGCGCAACGGAAAAAAUAAGAAACAAAAUGGAGGACGUUAAACGUCAGAACGAAGCAUUAAAAUACGAAAUAGACCGGCUGAACGGCAAACUGGAGGAGUCCGUGGCGGGGCUGAAGGCUGCGACUAGACUUGGCGAUCAGGUUGAGACUAAGUCGGCUCAAAUUAACGAUUUGAAGGAGCAAGUACGAGCUCUGCAGGCGUCGAUAGCUGCUGCCGAGGAGAGGUACUACAGCGCCAUCUCCAACCAGCAGGACAAAGUGGAUAAGAACCUGGUCAAGAACCUGGUGGUCAACUUCGUGCUCACCGCAAACCGGAGCGAUCUCAACAGAACGCAAAUCCUCCGCGUCCUAUCGACAGUAUUAGACUUCAACCAGACUGAGUGUGAAAAGCUGGGUCUAGUCAGAUCUGCCAACUCCGGAGACAGUUUGGCCGCGGAAUUCGUCAAGUUUCUCCAGAAUGAAUCCAAACCCAGAGCUCCUUUGCCUGACAUGAUGGGACUCCAAGGAAGCAGAGCAAGUCCCGCCCCUAGCUCCAGGAAAAGCUCCACCAUUGGACCGAAUCCAGUCUUUGAAGUUGGUCACAGAAGGGAUCCAUCGACCGGCUCAAACAACCUUCUAUUCCAGAACAUAGAUUCUAUGGAAACGUCAUCCCAGAUUUCAAUUGAAUCCGAUACAAGAGUAAUUCCAAUAAACACUUUAGACACUGGAAUCAAUCAGACAAGGAACAACGAGGGCGCCAUUUUGAAACACGUUUUGAAAGAUAUGUGAUGGUAAUGGAUUUCUUUCCUUGACUGUCAUGUUUUCAACAGUGCUUUUUUUACAUCGACAUUCCCUUUUGACAUCAAUUAGUUGGGCGGUUGUAUCUAUUUUGUAACAUUGCAUGCCAAAUUACUGGCAAUACACUGUACCUUAAACCAACAUGUAAAACCUUAUUGACGUGUAUUUUGCAAUAAAUGAUUACUAUCCGAUCCACAGUUACUCGUAGUAAUAUUCAAUAUAAUUAAAGUUUUUUACACCAGUACGGCUAGUAGGGCAGGAAACAAUUAUCUCCCCGAGGAAAGGAUGAAAAUUUAUCGUCUCCCACAGCUUUAUCUUUCAGAGCACUGGCGCACAAGUGGAAAUAAUAUCCAAAUAAUAUAUAUGUGUAAUAAUAAACGGGGGUAAACUUCUCCUAUUCCAUGUUCCCGUGCUUAGACACGUUAAUUGUAUUCCUUGUCAGGGGAUUUCAUCGGGGGAUAUGAUUAUUGUGUCCUGCCCGUACAUGCCCUAGAGUUGUAAAAAAAUAAAACAUUAAUUUCUGCAUUUAGAAAGGAAACAGCUGAUAAAAUUAAGAAAUUAUUCGAAUGUAUUUUUCUGCUGCAUAAAACAACCGCAAUUGAUUAAAUUUUGACCGCUGCCGCACCGCGCCUUUGACACUCGAUAUUGGAUACUUCUUAUACACCUUUUUUUCCCUUAAUUUUUGGUUCAUUAUUUUUUACCAAUGAAGACUAUUGUAGACAUUGGAUAGAUUAACAAGGUUAGUAAUGUACGACGAAAAAAAUUACACCUAAUAUACACUGACAUAUAGAUAUGUUGCAUAACUGCCACCUAUAAUAUAGGUACUUUUAAAACAAUAAUAGUUAGCUUCUAAUCAAGCGCGUUCGCUAGGCUACAACACUUACCAUCAAGUGUGUUAUGUUAUACAAGGCUUUUUUGAAAAGGGGAACAUACUAUGGAGUAUUACGGUAUUCUCGAUGAUGUAUAUCUUCUGUUCCGCAACAUUCUGCUGACAUUAAUAGGACAGUGCAGAAGGAACUUCACAAAGUACGUGGUGUCAACCAAAACAUCAGCUGUGUUUACAUUUAAGGUCAAAUGCGGUUACGGAUGACUAUGAUAGCAAUAAAUCAUUAAUCAUUUAUCGAUAGAUAUAUUAAUUAUAACUUUUAUACUUCCUAGAUGACCUUGUAUAGUUUUAAACUUGUACGAGGGCUAUAAUGAUCCGCCAAACCGCAACAAUAGGAAGUUAUUCCUCCAAGCUGGUGUUAGAGUCAGGGCCGGAGGUCUAACCAUUCAUCUUCAGAAGAUGUCCCUCAUUUGUAAAAACUUCGUUAGCGCGAUGUAGGAUCUUGUGGCGCCAUCUAGUUUGGUACCGCGGAAACCGCCACAGAUAGGUUAAAAUCGAACGCUUUAAUAUCUUUAUUUAAAACUUGUAUCCAUUAUUAAUUGUACAGCGUGUAACUUCUACUCUGUAUAAAUACAUUUAUCGUUAUGAACUACUGUAAAAAAAGUUCUCAAUUAAGCUGUACAUAAAUCGAUAAUCGAAAUUAAAUAAACAAUUCCAAAAUUCAGCAUGAUAAUAAAUAAUAAAACUAGCGAGCUAAACUCUUCUCAUCUCAGAAUGAGAACGCUGUAGGCCGGAAUCCGCCACGCUAGUGCGGAUAUGUGUACUUAUCACGCGCUUGAGAACGUAAUAGAGAACUCUCAGGCAUGCAGGUUGUCUCGCGAUAUUUUCCUUCAAAGCUAAACUGUAUACGCACUGAACUCCCAAAAGUUAGAAGUGCCGAACCGCUUAGCCAAAAAAUAGUGCUAUCCUUCCACGGGAUUCACGUGUGAAAAGGACAGAACUACCUCUAGAACUUUCAAUUUACUUUAGAAUUGCGUGCAACACAAUCGUUGCCAUAGUUUGCAAAUGAAAUAAUCAUUAUAAUUUAUAAGACAUGUACCUAUUAUUGUAUAAUUUUUAUUGCAUUUCUAGGUAUUCUAAUUUUAUUAUAACUCUAAAGUUUAUAUUUCAAUUUGAAUUGAAUUAUUGUAUAAAAACAUUGUAUGCAUCCACUUUAGGAUUUUUGAUCCCACUUCUGAAGUUAUAAUAGUUAAAAACACCGCUGAUAAAGCAGUGUUUUUUGGCCAUGCCAUAAAAUGUUAAAACUUGUAUUAUGUUUCCUAAAACUAUAUUUGCUUUGUAUAUUUGUAAAUUCAUUUAAGUGAUUUAUUAUUAGUUUUUAUCUAAAGCAUCCGCUUGUAUCAUAAUCUAACAUGUUCAAAUUAUUGUAAUUAU